UGCUGUCUGCGUUCAUUUUGUCUUCCUGAAGUUCUCUCUCUCUCUCUCUCUCCCUCCUUUCUGGUUUUCUUGAAAUUUCUUAUGCUUGAAGCUAAAGCAAUUAGGCAAACUUCUUUCUCUCAGUCUCAAUUAGUUCUCUGACCUGGGUAAAUUCAUUUCCGCUUUUUCUGGUUUUGGUGGGUUUCUUGGGCAAUCAAAAGUAGGGGAAUUGGAAUUCAAUGGCGGAGGUGCUGGGCGGAACGAAUCUGAUUUCAUCGUGUCAUCAUAGUCAAGGCGAUGGGCUUUUUUCUGUUUUCCCAAAGAAGAGCUGUAAUUACAAAUCAUCUUCUUCCGUGAAGUGGUUUCAACCUCUGAAUCUGACGACACCACAGUCCCUCAGAUCGUCUUUUUCAUCACGCAGUGAUUUUCAUGGCAGAAGAUUUGUUCUUCAAGAAAACAAAUUCAUGCCCAAGAGAGGGAAUUUCCGAUUCCAACCUGCAAUUUUUGCUCAGACGGGCCUUCGGAUUGGGAAGGUUCAGAAAUGGUGGGACAAGGGGCUCCAACCCAACAUGAAAGAGGUGACCUCCACACAGGACCUUGUGGACUCUCUAUUGAACGCAGGGGAUAAGCUGGUUGUUCUCGAUUUCUUCUCCCCUGGCUGCGGUGGCUGCAAAGCUCUCCACCCCAAGAUAUGUCAAUUUGCAGAGAUGAACCCAGAUGUGCAGUUCCUUCAGGUGAACUAUGAGGAGCACAAGUCCAUGUGUUAUAGCCUUAAUGUCCAUGUUCUGCCCUUCUUUCGAUUCUACAGAGGCGCUCAUGGUCGCCUUUGCAGCUUUAGCUGUACUAAUGCCACGAUCAAAAAAUUUAAAGACGCAUUGGCCAAGCACACCCCUGAUCGUUGCAGUCUGGGGCCAACAAAAGGGCUGGAGGAGAAAGAGCUCCUAGCACUAUCUGCCAACAGAGAUCUGUCUUUCAACUACGCACCAAAACCAGUUCAUCCAGUGCCUGUCCCUGCACAGGAAGAGAUCAUCGCAGAAACAGCACCAUCUCAUUUAAAGACUGCCCAAGACUCCAAGGAGAAGACCUUGGUCGCUGCUGGAAGAUGAUGUGGUUGUUUCCCAACAACGCCAAUUUACUAUAUCUUUUCCCUUUGUACAGAACCGUUUUCAUGUAAUAUCCAUGUGAGAAGUGAACAUACUACUAAAAAUGAAGUCAUGCUGUGAGUGUAUUUUCUUAUGGAGCAGGCCUUUGGAUUUAUGUUUUUUUUUGGAUCCUAGCCUGCUGGUUCCUUGCAAGUUUAAAGAGCAACCAGUUGUGUGCUUGUUGGUGCUCUUUUAUGUUGGACUGAAGCCCUUUUAUGAUUGUAAAAAAGCUUAUCCCUUCUAUUAAGUUAUAUAAGAUAAUAUCUCUCUGUUUAUCGAUCA